GGCCAAGGUUACGGUUCGAUUCGGGGGAAUGCACGGAACCGGCUAUGUCUUCCCCGAUGGCUCGAGGGGUAGGUGAGGGUUGUGGUAGGUCGUUGACGGCCUCCCCAGGCACGAAAUCCAUCCCAUUCUAUAUAUUUUAAUUCCUCCCACAUCUAAUCGGGGCGGUAGGAGGAAGGGGGAGAAGAAGCGAGAAGCGGAUCCAUCGAUUGAUCCAUGGCGGCUUCUUCUUCUUUGGCUUCUUCGAAAUCUUUACUCGGGGGAAGGAGAUCCGACGGGGUCUCCGGCCUCGGCUUCCGUCAGCCCUCCGAUCUUCGUCGCCUGUCCUCCUCCGCCAUCCAGAUCUCCAUCCGGCGCUGGGCUUCCCUUCCCGCCAGAAGGCUCGAGGUGCGGGCAGGUGGAGAUAAGUUUGGAAAGCACUUCGAAGUUACAACCUACGGAGAAUCUCAUGGAGGAGGUGUCGGUUGUGUAAUUAGUGGAUGCCCACCCAGAAUUCCUCUUUCUGAAGAAGAUUUGCAAUUCGAACUCGACAGAAGGAGACCAGGACAGAGCAGGAUAACUACACCAAGGAAGGAAACCGAUACAUGUCGAAUUCUUUCAGGAAUCCAUGAAGGAAUGACCACUGGAACUUCAAUUUGCGUGUUUGUACCAAAUACAGAUCAAAGAGGACAUGACUAUAGUGAAAUGUCAUUAGCAUAUAGGCCUUCUCAUGCAGAUGCAACAUAUGAUUUCAAGUAUGGUUUGAGAGCGAUACAGGGAGGCGGCAGAUCAUCAGCCAGAGAAACUAUUGGAAGAGUUGCUGCUGGAGCUGUUGCAAAAAAGGUUCUUAAUAUGUAUAUGGGAACUGAGAUUUUAGCAUAUGUUUCUCAAGUGCAUAAAGUCGUGCUUCCUGAAGGAGUGGUUGAUAAUGAGACUGUGACCCUUGAUCAGAUCGAGAGUAACAUCGUUAGAUGUCCAGAUCCAGAAUAUGCUCAGAAAAUGAUUGAGGCCAUUGAUGCUGUGCGAGUUAAGGGGGACUCCGUUGGUGGCAUUGUGACUUGCAUUGCAAGAAAUGUUCCACGUGGACUUGGGUGUCCGGUCUUUGAUAAACUGGAAGCUGAUUUGGGAAAAGCCAUGUUGUCUCUGCCUGCAACCAAAGGAUUUGAAAUUGGCAGUGGAUUUGCUGGAACUUUUAUGGCUGGGAGUGAGCAUAAUGAUGAGUUCUACAUGGAUGAGCAUGGUAAUGUGCGAACAAGAACAAAUCGGUCAGGCGGGAUACAGGGAGGGAUAUCCAAUGGAGAAACCAUAUAUAUGAGAAUAGCUUUUAAACCAACAUCUACGAUCGGGAAAAAGCAGAAGACAGUAACAAGAGACCGACAAGAGACUGAUCUUAUAGCAAGAGGCCGCCACGAUCCUUGUGUGGUCCCUCGAGCCGUUCCAAUGGUGGAAGCCAUGGUAGCUCUGGUGCUGUUGGAUCAACUGAUGUCACAAACAGCACAAUGUGGAUUGUUUCCUGUUAAUCCAGCCCUCCAGCAGCAAAUUGCUCCAGAUCCAAACGGAACCUUGCUCACCCCAAAGCUGGUUUAAUUGUGAGGAGGUUGAUCUUGGUGGAGCUAAAGUGUGUGAUUGAGGUUCCAUUUUUCUGAUUUGGAAUAGUUGGUAAUAAAUGUUUGCCCUUGUUCUAAGGGCACCGAUUUCCGACGGUGGUGCCCUCAGUACGGGUGACCUACCGAUAAUUAUCAUGCACAAUGUCUUAGUUUGGAUGUCUCCUUAAAAAGAAUGUUGCAUAUUUUGCAAAGUUCAACCUGAUGGGUAUUAUUUACGGUUCA